AUGUCUUUCCAUUGUGUAUUUUUAUUUAGAACUUUAAUUUUAAGGGACCUUAUAAGAAAAAGAACAUACGCACGUGCCUGGGAAAUGAAAAUGACAAUUUUUAAAGAAAUCAUCUUUCACUCCAAACACUUAAACCAAAUAACCAUGGUUGGAUUUACAAGAAUACUUAAUUCAGGGUUAUUAUUAUUACCAUAUGGUGUUUUUGAAGAUGUUGCAACACCACAACAAGCAUCAAUUGAACAAUAUAAUAUUAUAAAAUAUCUUGGAGGUAGUGGACCAUAUUUACAAAGACCUGGAUAUGGAAUAUCUACUGAUUUAAAUGAUAAUCAAUGUAAUGUGGAACAAAUUCAAAUGAUAAGUAGACAUGGUGAAAGAUUUCCAAGUUUAGGAGAUGGUAAAUUUUUCAAUGAAAUUCUUGAUGUUUUCAAAAAUUAUAAUAAUGAAUUUAAAGGAGAUUUGGAAUUUUUAAAUAAUUACAAAUUUUUCAUGAAUGAUAUGGAAGAUAAUUAUGAAACAUUAACUACUGAUGGGGUGUUUUCUGGUAAGGAUAAUAUGUUAAGACAUGGUAAAUAUUUUAGAAAAAGAUAUUCUUCUUUAUUUGAUAAAAAUGAUAAACUUAUUAUAUUUACUAGUAAUUCAGGAAGAUGUUACCAUAGUGGGGAAUAUUUUGCUAAAGGAUUUUUAGGUGAUGAAUAUAAUCACAAUAAAGUUGAAUUUGUUAUAAUUGAAGAAGAUGAACGUAUGGGAGGUAAUUCAUUAACUCCAAGAUAUUCAUGUAAAUCAUUUAAUCAAAAUAUAAACAAUGAUCUAAUUGAAAAAUAUGAUAAAUCAUAUCUUCAACAAAUCUUAACCAGAUUAACAAAAGAUAAUCCAGGUUUGGAAUUAACUACUUCUCAUAUACAAGGAUUAUUUCUUUGGAUAGCUUUUGAAAUUAACGUCAAGGGAUAUUCUCCAUUUUCUCAUAUAUUCUCAAUUGAUGAAUAUAUUAAAGAUGGAUAUCGUAAUGAUAUUGUUAAUUAUUAUAAAACGGGACCUGGUCAUAAUCUAACUACUGUUAUUGGAUCCCCUAUGGUUGAAGCAUUUUUAAAAAUCCUUCAAGAUAAACAAAAAAAAAUAACAUUAACUUUCACUCAUGAUACAGAUAUGGAGAUAUAUUUAUCAUCAAUGGGAUUAAUCAUUCCCAAAAAUGACAUCCCAGUAGAUUAUAUCCCAUUUCCUAAUCCUUAUAAUGCAGCAGAAUUAUUUCCUCAAAGUUCAAGAAUAUAUACUGAGAAAUUAAAAUGUGGAAAUGAUUAUUUUAUACGAUUUAUAAUUAAUGAUUCAGUUUAUCCUUAUCCUGGUUGUAAUAUGGGUCCUGGAUUUAGUUGUGAAAUGAAUACUUUUAUAAAAUUAGUUAAAUCUAGAUUAGAAAAUAUUGAUUUUAAAAAACAAUGUCAAAUCGAUAAAACUCCUUCUGAAUUAACAUUUUAUUGGGAUUAUAAUACUACUAAAUAUGAUGCACCUUUAAUAGAUCAAUAA